AUGAAUAUUGUAUUAGUCAUAUUUUGGUCACUGUUACCUGCUCUAACUACUAGCAUACGAUGUAUAAAUGGUGGUGAAUGGGUUGCGCAUGCAUGCACGAUGGAUGCGCAAUGUGAACCGUACAAAAUUAUGCCAACCGAUCGUAUUGCAUGUCUUAAUUCGGAAUGCUGCACAAUGCCAUGUUCAAAUAAUGGUACAUUUACAGGAAAAAAAUGCAAAACAUCAUAUGAUUGUUUACCGUCAACGAAAAAAGUUGCAUGCCUUACAGGCGUACCUCAACGAUGUCCAUAUGGUGGUGAAGUAAUUGGCCUGGAAUGUAAUACCUCAAAAUCAUGCGAAUACUUAGCUCCAGGAGUUCCAGUAUUGUGCAUAAAACAUAUAUGUUGUGCUUAUUCAUUUCCUCAUUAUAUUUAUUUGACCUAA